GUUAUGACUAUGAACUUCUCACGUUUACUUUGAACAUUAAUACAAUUCAACUUUCAUGUUUGUCUCAAGCACAUAAAUAGAUAGACACAAGGCCUAUAUUUGGACAACCUCAUAAUUUUUUGUUAAGAGUGUUAUCAGAGAGAUAAUAUGUCAAUUCCAAUACUAAAAAACCUUCUUCCAUUACUUUUCUUACUCAUUCUCCCAGUUUGGUCCUCAACUUCAAAUUCAACUAAUGAGAGCUUCCUGCAAUGCUUUUCAUCUCAUUUACAGGAUUCUAAUUCAAGUUUGGAAUUAGUCUUCACCAAGAAUAGCUCUGCUUAUUCAUCCAUCUUAAAUUUUACCAUACGAAACCUAAGGUUCGUGAACUCUUCAAAACCACAAUUUAUCAUUACUCCGUUUCAUGAAUCCCACAUCCAAGCAGCUGUAAUUUGUUCCAAGAAAUAUGACCUGCAAGUAAGAAUCCGAAGCGGAGGCCAUGACUAUGAGGGCCUUUCUUAUGUAUCUGAUGUUGUUCCAUUCACCAUCAUUGAUCUUGUCAAUCUUCGGUCUAUUAGCAUCGAUAUAGAAAACAAGAGUGCAUGGGUUGAUUCUGGUGCAAUUCUAGGAGAGUUGUAUUACAAGAUUGCAGAGAAAAGUAAGGUCUAUGGCUUCCCAGCAGGGAGUUGUCCCACUAUGGGUGUUGGGGGACACUUUAGUGGAGGUGGAUUUGGUACCAUUUUCAGAAAAUAUGGCCUAGCUGCUGAUAAUGUUUUGGAUGCUAAGAUAGUUGAUGUUAAUGGUAGACUACUAAACAGAACAUCAAUGGGAGAAGAUCUCUUUUGGGCCAUCAGAGGAGGGGGAGGGUCAAGUUUUGGAGUCAUUCUCUCGUGGCAAGUUAGGUUGGUUCCUGUACCACCAGUUGUAACGACUUUCAAUGUCCAAAAGACCUUAGAACAAGGUGCAACUGAGCAUUUCCAGAAGUGGCAAACCGUUGCAAAUAAGCUUCAUGAAGAUCUUUUCCUCCAUGUAGUUGCAGGAGUUGCUAAUGCAGAUCCAAAUGGCAGAAAAACUAUUCGACUUUCAUUUACCUGCUUGUUUCUUGGACCAGUUGAAAAACUCCUCGCUUUGAUGCAAGAUAGUUUUCCUGAGUUGGGCGUGGAGCGCAACAAUUGCACUGAAAUGAGUUGGAUAGAAUCUGUUCUUUACUAUGCUGGCUUCUCAACUACGAAUCGCUUAGAAGUUUUGCUUGAUAGGAGCCCACUAACAGAUAUCUUCAUGAAAGCAAAAUCAGACUAUGUACAGGAACCCAUUUCAAACACAGGGUUGGAAGGGUUAUGGCAAAGACUUAUGGAAAAAGAGCAAUCACAGCUCAUCUUAACACCUUAUGGUGGAAAGAUGAGUCAGAUUUCAGAUUCAGAAACACCUUUCCCACAUAGAUUUGGAAAUUUAUAUCAAAUCCAAUAUUCAAUCACUUGGGAUGAUGACAAAGAAACACAGGAAAACCUCAUGUGGAUGAGAAGGCUUUAUGCCUACAUGGCACCUUAUGUAUCAAAGUCUCCAAGAGAGGCCUAUUUGAACUAUAGGGAUCUCGACUUGGGGGAAAACAACAAAAAUAAUAAUACAAGCUACGCACAAGCAAGUACUUGGGGUUUGAAGUAUUUCAAGAACAACUUCGAGAGACUAGUUCAUGUAAAGACUCUCAUUGAUCCUGGUAACUUUUUCAAGAAUGAGCAAAGCAUCCCAGUGCUUCCAUCUUGAGGAGAAAAGAAAGGAACUAGGAAAUGUUUCGAGAAUGAAUAAAGAUCUUGUUAUGAGUUUGUAUGAAGUUAAAGGGCAAAAUAGUAACAUUCAUAUGGUCCAAAUCAUGCCAUCCAAGCAGAAAAUAAGUCAUUUG